CAAGUGUGAGACGUCUGGCCUGAGAAACUGCCAUUCAAACCCAAGAUGUCAAGGAUUAAGGAGGAGAAGCCAAUCAUCGAAUUUGCAGAGAAUGUGGAGGGUCAACUUCAGAAUCGAACUGACCAUAUCUUGGUUGAUGCCGAUGGACUGGUGCAACGGCUACCUGUGCCCAGCAAGGAUUCCAAUGAUCCGUUGAAUUACUCCUGGAAGGAGAAGGCAUCGAUCAUUGUGAGCUGUUGCUGGUUUUCUGCUAUGUCCUUGUCAUGUGUUAGUGGCCUCGGUGCAAUUCUCAAUGUCUUCUUUGAGAUGUACAUUCCGGAAGGAUACAGUACCAACCAAGUAGUCUGGCUGUCUACGUUUCCUUCUCUUUUUGUCGGAAUCGGCAAUUUUUUGAUCCUUCCACUUGGAUUGUUGUAUGGCCGCCGUUUUGCUUUUAUCGUGUCAACCAUUGUCCUGUUGGGGGCCACUAUCGGUUGUGCUCUUUCGAAUACUUGGGAACAACAUCUUGCAUUGCGGAUUAUCCAGGGGCUUGCAGCUGGCGCUACUGAGUCUGUUCUUCCCCUGAUGCUCGCUGAGAUUACGUUCGUUCAUCAACACGGUUUAGUAUACGGUCUCUAUUGGGCAGCACAGAAUAUCAUCACCGGGUGUCUUACUUUGGCAGCUUCCUAUGAAGUUGCUGCUCUCGGAUGGCGCUGGUACUACUGGGUAUUUAUGAUUGCGGUUGCUAUCGGCCUUGUUAUGGUAGUAUUUGGCGGCUUUGAGACCGGCUACAAACGCAGUUCUCAGUUCAUAAAUGGACGUAUGGUUCUCACAGACCAGUAUGGAGUGACUCGUCUGCUCACGGAGCAUGAAACACGCGAAUAUCUUGAGUUAAGUGGCAUUCAUUCCAGCAACGAGGUACCGGAUGAAUUGCGAACCAAGAAGACUUAUGUGCAGAUGCUGGUACCUUGGUCGUCUCCUACAGAAAAUCCGUUAACCUUUCUCCCGCGUGUCUUUUUCCACAUUGCUCAGGCUUAUACAUCUCCCGCAAUUAUUUACGCUACUUUACUAUCUGCCAUCGUUCUUGGAUCGUCGAUAGGCAUCUCACUCACAUAUAACACUGUACUUGAAUACAGCUACAAUUGGUCAGCGAGUUCUAUCGGUCUGAUCAACCUGGGCGGAGUGUUUGGAGGGUUUGGUGGUAUGUUUUACGCUGGGUAUCUAGGCGAUAAAUUCAUCAUUUGGAUGGCGAAGCGCAACAAUGGCAUUCAUGCCCCUGAACACCGGCUUAUUUUGCUCAUUUUUCCAGGUGUCCUCGGAGUGGCCUCCCUGCUUCUUUACGGCUUCACAGCCAAUGGUGGCAGUACUUGGGCAGGACCCUAUAUGGGAUGGACACUAUUUCAAGUUACUUUUGUCUCCGUGCUCAUUCUGUCCACUUCCUUCGCGGCCGAGGCCUGGGAAAAAAACCCUGGGUCAGCCCUUGUUGCUGUGGUUGGAAUGAAGAAUGUUGUGGCUUUUGGAUUGAGCUACGGCAUUAUCCCAAUGGUCAAUACAUAUAGCUAUCCAACAACCAUGGGUAUUUUGGCAGGUAUUAAUGCUGGCGUUUUUGCUCUGGGAAUUCCGGUCUACUUGUUAAACCCAAGGGUAAGCUUUAAUCAUCUUCAGAGCGUAUGGAAUUGCGUUUACUAA